ACUAUUCAAUCCCACCACCUGCUUUAUUGCAAAGUUUCAAACUUUACUUCUCUCUGUCUCAAUCACUUAAUGUGAAAAAGAGUUUACCUUUCUUCUUCAUUGAUUUUCUUGUAUUUUCCUCAAAAGGGUUUCUCAUAAAUUCAUCAUAGAUGAAGAAUAUGUCUUGCUCAAGCUAAAGCUCUCACAUUCAGAAAACAAGCUACCAAACACAUAAUCAUCAGCAGGGUCUCGAAAUACUGUUGAGAUUUUUUUAAGAUCUAACCCAUUUAAUCAACUUCCUCAAACAUGGCACUUGAGUUUUGACCUUCCAGCAGUUGCAGGUAUAAGAAUCAAAGACUCAUUGUGACUUUUGCUGGCCUAAAUGGUGUAACCAUCGAAGAAUUGUUUAUUCUUGGUUUAACAAUAUUACAAGCUUUUGAUUGCAUAUUCCUUCGCAUAGCUCUUCUUCUUCAUAGAUCUUCUAGUGUUCAAAAUGCCGAGGUCAAGGGGGUCGGAAAUGCCUCAAAGACAGUCUCCUCGAGGUCCGCAUCAGCUCAGGACAUCAAGUUCUGAUUCAGAUCCUCCCCAUCAUCGAUCAAUUGCUGAUCGCAGUCCCAAGGUUGGAGACCGUCGUUCCCCAAGAGGUGCCCCUCACUCUGAUCCUGUACACCCGAAGAAACUUGGCACUCGCAUUGCAGACUUAGAGUCUCAACUUGGGCAGGCACAAGAAGAGCUAAAGGUUCUGAAAGACCAGUUGGCAUCAGCCGAGGCUGCAAAGAAGGAAGCUCAAGAAGAACUGGAGAAGAAAACCAAGAAACCAAAAGCUCCAGAGUCUAUGGAGAUUACAAAACAGCAUUCUCCAAGUGAAAUCAAAGAAGCUAAAAUAACAGAAACCAAUCCUGGGGAUGAAGUUCAGGAUAAAAUUGGGUGGGAGACUGAUGUUUUUGAAGUUCCAGUAGAGAAAGUAACAGUUGACCCGAAGAUUGAAAUCAGCCAACAAACCUCUGAGGAAAAAGAGACCAAAAAAAUUGGUGUAUCAACCGAACCACCGGCAACUCCGGAGCCCAAGAAAGCAUCCAUCCAUGACUUAUCUUUAGCAAAUGAAGAGAUAACUAUGCUAAAAUCCAAGUUAGAAGAGAAGGAAAAUGAGCUAGUGGUAAGUGGUGAAGAAAAUGAAAACCUGAAGCUGCAAUUGAAUGAAGCUACCCUGAACAUUUCCACAGCUGAAGCAAAAAAUGAGGAAAUGACACAGAACCUGAGCCAACUUGGAGAAGAGCUGAAGGCAAGUAAAGAAGAGGCAGUGAAGUUAAAGGAGAAGCUGGAAGCUGUGGCAGGAGUGAAAGAGGCGCUAGAAACAGAGAUGAAGAAGCUGAGAGUGCAGACAGAACAGUGGAGAAAAGCAGCCGAUGCUGCGGCAGCUGUGCUUGCAGGGGGUGUAGAGAUGAAUGGGAGGAUUCCUGAGAGGUGUGUCUCCAUGGAUAAGCACUUUGGCGGUGUGUUUGAGCCAUUGGCAGGUGGGUAUGCUGGCUUUGUAGGAUCGCCUGGGAUAACAGAUGACAUAGAUGAUGGAUUCAGCAGUGGUAAGCGAAAGGGUUCUGGAAUUAGAAAGUUCGGAGACUUAUGGAAGAAGAAAGGCAACAAAUAAUAAAGAAUCACUCUCUCCAGUGAAGCCAAAAUCCUUUUUCGGUAUCGAUAAUGUUAGUGAAAUGGUCACAUGCUAUUUCAUGACUUGUUGGUUGAUCGUGUUCUUAAUAGUAAGUGUUUGAAGUUAUGUAGUGAUCUUAACACUUGAGAUGAUUCCAGUAUGUUGUUGCACUUGAAUUAUGGUCAUUCCAGGAGCUGCAUCUUAUAGAUGAUGCAUUUUGUUGCUUCCAUGCAUGCUUUAAAGAGCAAAUGUAUUGUUUUCUGAUCUUUUCUUCCCGCA